GUCACAAAUUUUCCUCCAUUCAUCUGCAACAUAAACUCAAAACUCGAAAUAAAAAACUUCUCCUCUUCCUCACCGCGCCUGUGCAGUGUCUAUUCCGCUUUCGCUGCGAAGUGCCGAGUUCUUUUCGUCCGCUGCUUCCGGCUCCUCCGAUUAUUGUUUUGUUUUUCCGAGUGCUCCUGCUCUCUGGGAGAUUCUCAACUGAUGGACACACAGGAAAUGGAGGAGACUGUACUCGUAGAAACUCCAGGUGAUGCAUCUGGAAAGCAUCAAGAAACUCGUGAUGAGAUGCUAUCUAGGCACAGGAAGGAGAUAAAAGAGCUGCAGCACAAAGAAGUUGAACUAAAAAAGGGGGCAGCAAAGGGUAGCAAGGCUGAACAAAAAGCUAAGAAGAAACAAGUUGAAGAGCAAAUCUCUCAACAUUCUGCAGAGUUAAAAGAAAAGCAUGCUGAAGAACUUGCUUCUUUAGGCUUUAUAAGUGUCAUUGAAAAUGAUAAAAGCAAUCUCGACAAUUUGGUGAAUGCCAUCGCCGGCGUCUCUGUUACUAACCAACCAGAGCAGGGGAAGGUCAGCAAGGGUGCAAAGCGAAGAGGAAAAAGAGCCCAACAAGAAGCCGAAAGAGAGCAAAGAAUCCAAGAAGAGCAGAGCAACCUCGUAAGUGAUCGAAUGAUCGAACAUGACAAAUUGAAAGAGAAGCUUGAACCUCUUGGAUUGGCUGUUAAUGAAAUAAAGCCAGAUGGGCACUGCCUUUACCGAGCCAUUGAAGAUCAGCUAGCUCUUCUCUCCGGAGGUUCUUCUCCCUAUACUUACCAAGAUCUACGUAAAAUGGUGGCCUCCUAUAUGCGAGAACAUGCUACGGACUUUGAACCCUUUUUCCUGUCCGAUAAUACAGUAGAAGGGGAUGCCGACGAUUCACCAGCUGACAGAUUUGAGAAUUAUUGUAAAGAAGUAGAGUCAACAUCAGCUUGGGGUGGACAGCUAGAGCUUGGAGCAUUGAUUCACUGUCUUGCAAAACCUAUUAAGAUAUUCUCAGGAUCCUUUCCUGAUGUUGAGAUGGGGAAGGAGUACAAAUCUGACGGUGGAGCGGGUUCUUUGGACACAACCAUUUUGCUGUCCUAUCAUAAACAUGCAUUUGGACUGGGAGAGCACUAUAACUCCGUGGUGCCAAAUUUGAUCAGGUAGGCCAAGACAGUGUAUUUUUUUUUUGUUAAAGAUGGUAAUCGACUCUUUCGAGUCUCAAUUGUUAGUUUGUUAGUUACCGAGGCGUGAUUCGAACCCACAACCUUUUGAAUCCAAGCUAGACCCACAUUGGCGCCAAGCCAAUGUAUCACUUGUUACUUUUGUGCAAGCGCAGGCCUAAUUUUAUGUAUUGCUGAGUUAUUAUAUAUAAAAUAUCAUUUUGGAACUUGAAA